CGCAGCGGAGACACACAAACGGUCAGCCUGAGCUUCGGACCAGCAGCUUCCUCUGAGCGAGUCCAGCUUCAGGACACAAACGACACUGCUGCUUCCGGAUGCCGACGGUCCACACUGAAGCUUCACCCGGAGACUCCAUGGCUGCCAGAUCAGAUCUUUGCUGUCCAGUUUGUCUGGACAUCUUCAAAGAUCCGGUUCUUCUGCCGUGCAGCCACAGCUUCUGUAAGGACUGUCUGGACAGCUGGUGGAGAAAAAACCCAGCACACGACUGUCCAGUCUGUCAGAAACAAUCUACAAUGCACGAUCCACCGUGUAACCUGGCUCUGAAGAACCUGUGUGAGACGUUCUUAGAGGAGAGAAAUCAGAUAACUCCAGAGGAUCUCUGCAGUCUGCACUCUGAGAAACUCAGUCUCUUCUGUAUGGACCAUCAGGAGCUAGUGUGUGUGGUCUGCGGCACCUCGGAAAAGCACAGCGACCACACGUUCAAGCCCAUCGAUAAAGCUGCACAACAACACAAGAACGACCUUCAGGAAACUCUGGAAGCUUUAAAGCAGAAGUUAAAGGUCUGUGAAGAAGUCCAAAUGAAGUUUGAUCAAACAGCAGAACACAUUAAGGCCCAGGCCCGACGCACAGAGAGGAAGAUUAGGGAGCAGUUUAAGAAGCUUCACCAGUUUCUAGCAGAGGAAGAGGAGGCCAGGCUGACCGUGCUGUGGGAGGAAGAGGAGCAGAAGAGCUGGAUGAUGAAGGAGAAGAUGGAGGCUGUGAGCAGAGAGAUAGCAGCUCUUUCAGACACAGUCAGGGCCACAGAGGAGGAGCUGAGAGCUGAAGACGUCUCAUUCCUGCACAACUACAAGGCUGCGGUGGAAAGAGCCCAGCGCUGCCCCCUGCUGGAUGAUCCACAGCUGCCCUCGGGAGCUCUGAUAGACCAGGCCAAACACCUGGGCAACCUGACCUUCAGCAUCUGGAACAACAUGAAGUAUAUGGUCUCCUACACUCCUCUGAUUCUGGACCCAAACACUGCCCAUCCGGGACUGAUCCUGUAUGAAGGUCUGACCACCAUGAGGGUAGGAGACCGGCAGCAGCUCCCCGAUAAUCCAGAGAGGUUUGAUCAUCUCUACUUUGCCCUGAGCUCCAAGGGCUUUAAUUCAGGGAAGCACAGCUGGGAUGUUGAGGUUGGAGAUAAUAGAGGGUGGUCACUGGGCGUGUUAGCAGAGUCUGACCAGAGGAAGGGAAACAUACGGUCUGGACUGUGGGGACUGGGAUACAGUCAAGGUCAGUACUAUGCAGGCUCAUCAGCAGAUCCAGAAACUCCUCUCUCGGUGAACAAGAAAUACAAGAGGAUCAGACUGAAUCUGGACUGGACCAAAGGAAAGCUGUCGUUCUCUGACGCUGACACUGGCAAACACAUACACACCUUCACGCACACUUGCAGUGAAAAAGUGUUUCCAUUCUUUGCCACUGUGAUUAAAUACCCCAUUAAGCUGUUACCAGUAAAGUUCUCACUGUCAGUGAAGCAGAACAGUUAAACACAAACAGGAAGAUCGUAUCUAAAAUGUUGGAUCGCUGCAUUAUUGUGUCACUUCCUGUUCCUGAUGCUAAGCACAGUGAUGCUUUUCUGCAGGUUAAACUUGUUUAAUUGCAAACCUUUGAGAACAACUUCUUUCGUAGCGUAAUCUUCACAUGCUUUAUCUGAAUCACCUGCAAAUUAUAUCCAUAGUAUUCAAUCAUUGUCUCUUUAGGGAUUUGCUAGCUUAGCGUAGCUGUGAGUUCAGAUCUUAGCUGAGUGACUCGCAGCAUGGUUUCUGCGUGUGUGUCAGAAGUUUAUACUUGAUAGCAAACAGUAAUAGAAACAAAGUUAAAUCAACUUUGUGCUGUCAAUCUGAAUUUCACUGAAUCAAAACUGAAAUCACAAACUGAUGAUCAACAGGUAUUAAAUGGUAUUUACUCUGGCAACUUUAAUAUAAUAGAAUCAACAUUGAAACAAUGUGGACAUCACUACUAAAGAUCAACAGGAUAUCAGCGGUGUUUCAUUUUAUGGUAAACAGAACAAAGCACUUCAGAAUAUUGCACCUACUUAUCUGAUGUCAUGAUAUUGACGUAUUUUCCGCACUAUAAGGUGCACUUAAAAUCCUUUAAUUUUCUCAAAAAUCGACAGUGCGCCUUAUGUAUGAAUUCUGGUUGUGCUUACUGACCUUGAACCAAUUUUCUG